AUGACAAUGACUCUAGUAUUCACGUGUUUCUUUGCAACCCUUCUUCCUCACCUUACAAAUGCAGCAUCGUGCCAAUCCAACGGCGCACAUUCACCCGCAAUCAACCCCACGGGAACGCCGGCUAUCCUCACCGUGAACGACUUUGGUCCCGGUGGGGACGGCGGAGGCCCCUCCGAGUGCGAUGGGAAUUACCACCCGCUUCCUCAGAGAGUGGUGGCGCUCUCCACCGGAUGGUACAAUGGCGGUUCCCGGUGUGGGAAAACGAUCAGGAUAACGGCGAAGAACGGGAGGAGCGCGGUGGCGAAGGUGGUGGACGAGUGCGACUCGACGCAAGGGUGUGACGAAGAACACGCGAAUCAAUCGCCAUGCAAGACCAACAUCGUUGACGCAUCGGAAACUGUGUGGAAUGACUUACGGCUCAACACUGAUGAUGGUGAAGUAGCAAUCACGUGGACCAUGGCUUAG